AGAGGAUUGUUAUUAUUUUUUCCUUUCUCUAUCUCCUCCCCACUCUAAACAAUGUCUGCCUUGAAAUCUCAAUUAAAGGGUCUUAAAGAACUCCGUCUUCAAUUCUGUCAAACUUCACCUUCCAGCAGUGGUCUUCGUGAUUUUGUCGCAAAGAACUACGUUAGCAUCAAGCAAGCCAACCCUGAGCUUCCUAUUUUAGUUCGCGAAGCCAGUGGUAUUGAAGCUCGUGCUUUUGCUCGUUUCGACAAAGGUGUCGAACGUAAAGUUAUUCUUCAAAAUGCUUCAGCACAAGAAAUUGAAAACACUUUAGCACAAUUGACCAAGUCUGCUUAAACUAAUAAAAGAAAACAAUAGAAAAAAUAAUAAUAAAAAAAAGGAAGAAAACAAAAGAAUACAUACCACACACACACAGACACAGACACACACAAACAGAUACACACUCAAAAACACACAAACACCUCUCUUGUACAUUAUUAGUUGGGACGAGAAUAAAUUGCGGAUUUUUCUACUGUUUUGUAAAUUGCAAAACUGACUCUGGAAACACUUGUUUGAUAUGACAGGAAUUCUAUAGAUGAAAGAACCAUUAUGGAGGUGAUGAAGUAUAUCCUAGACAGUCAGUUCCUGUUCCAUUGACCUGUCAAUUGAAAAUCAUAUCUGUCAAGUAAGCAUUAUUAUCCCUGUCAAGCUUUAUCUGGUAAUUAUACGCAUUGCGUGUGAGUCUGAGUUCGUCUUUGUGACAUAUCUGAGAGAGGCGUGUGUGUGUGUGGAAGGGGG